GGUCCUCCUGCCGGAAGUCCUCUCCAGCCCUGGGCCCCCUAAACUGCAGGCAGAGUCGGAGCCGCCCAGUUGCCGCGGGACCCGGGCCACUGGGGUCCGGACAGGGGUCGCCAUGAUCCGCUUCAUCCUCAUUCAGAACCGGGCGGGCAAGACUCGCCUGGCCAAGUGGUACAUGCAAUUCGAUGAUGACGAGAAACAGAAGCUGAUUGAGGAGGUGCACGCCGUGGUCACUGUCCGUGAUGCCAAGCACACCAACUUCGUGGAGUUCCGAAACUUCAAGAUCAUUUAUCGUCGCUAUGCCGGCCUGUACUUCUGCAUCUGUGUGGAUGUGAAUGACAACAACCUGGCCUACCUGGAGGCCAUCCACAACUUUGUGGAGGUCUUAAACGAGUAUUUCCACAAUGUGUGUGAGCUGGACUUGGUGUUCAACUUCUACAAGGUGUACACAGUGGUGGACGAGAUGUUCCUGGCGGGGGAGAUCCGCGAGACCAGCCAGACGAAGGUGCUGAAGCAGCUGCUCAUGCUGCAGUCCCUGGAAUGAGGGGCCCUGCGCCCCUAGACCGCUGCUCGCGCCCCCAGGCCGCGGCCCGCCCCAGCAGCCCCCCGCCUCCCUCAGCCGCUCCGAGGAAGGACCAAGUGGGUCUGGGGCUGCCAGGAAUGAGACUGCAUCCUACUGCCUCUGGGCCCCAGCGGGGGGCAGAGGCCACCUUGGUGUCCCGAAUAACCGUGCUGUUGUCUUUGAUGCUGUGAGUGUGUGUGUGCGUGGAGCCCCCAAUAAACCUGUGGUCCUGCCUGGCCUUGCUCUCCCUGAGCACUUGCCUGUCUUCCCUGGAAACCAUAGAUCCUCAGGAUGUCCUGCCCUUGGUCCAUCAGUGAGUCACUCAGUCUCAUUGUUCUGGGCAAGGUGGACAGAGGCAAGUAUAUUUCAGACCUGCUCCUGACCACAAAGGGCUCCUGAGACUGCAAGGGGUGACAGUUGAGACACUGAGCACUUGGUAUUAAAACAGUUCUACUUAAGUGGAGCAGUGGCUCAUGCCUGUAAUCCUAAGUACUUGGGAGGCUGAGAUUGGGAGGGUUGC